AUGUCUUUUUCUCAGUCACCUGGUCCUGCAAUUAUGGCUAAAACAUUUGCGACUAUCUUCGUCGCAUUCGGUAUCAAUGCCAUUCUACGCCCGGCCCAAGCACUCACCUUCUUCGAGUUCCAGCCUCCAGCCUCUGCCGUGGACAAGCAGCUGGUUGACAGUCUUAUGGCAGUCUACGGUGUUCGAGAUAUCUUCAUGGGUGCUGCCAUCUAUGCGGCCGCGUACUUUGGUACUCGGCGAGCUCUGGGCUGGAUAUUGAUUGCCGCUAGCAGCGUUGCAUUUGCAGAUGGUCUUGUCUGCUGGACGCAUGGCCAGGGCUCAUGGAAUCACUGGGGAUAUGCGCCAAUGAUUACCAUCGUGGGCAGCAUGCUACUCGGGCUCUUUGACUGA